AUGGAGAAAUUAGAAGAAGAACAAACUGAAUUAAUCAGAAAACCUCUAAACGAAAAUGGAGUUGAUGUGACUGAAAUUGAAAAUCAUGGAGUUAUUAUCAUUAAUAAUUCUCCUGAGUCUAUUGAAGUCAUUAAACCAAAUGAAUGUAAUAUCCAAUUAGUCUCAGAAAAUGUAAGGAAAAACUUGAUAAAUUCAACGUCAAGCAACCCACAAGUUGCUGCACAAGUUCAAGCUGAAAUGCAGAAGGUUUUAUCUCAGCUCGACCAAAUGUAA